GAUAAUGAUCGUAUUACUAUCACUGAUCAGUCUCCUCGCUAGUAGUUGGGCGAUUUCAUCGACUUGUUUUUACUUGCCAAAUAUCAAUCUGAAAGGUGGCACCUACGACGAAUUCGACGCCAGUGAUAUCACUCAAUGUUGCAUACAAUGUGCAAGUCAACCAUGUUGUGCUGGAUAUACAUAUUCGAAAGCUUUAAAGAGGUGCUACAUGAAGUCCUCAAUCAAUUAUUCGGAACAAGAAGAUAUGAUGAUAAGCGGUAUUCGUGCCAAUGCCAAUGGAGGUGUUGGUGCGAAAAUGAAAAACGUAAAAAUCGAAGGUAGUGGAGGCAGCCGGAUUCCCCUGGAGAACUCGGACGAAUGCCAGCAAUAUUGUACAGCUUUCGGAGUCUAUUCAUGGUCACCCCCACGAUACGACGAUGGACGUACUUCAGGCGAAUGCUCAUGCAUGAAGCGAAUAACCGCAGUGAAGUAUCACUUCGGAAGUCAAUCGGCGAUUUUCCCAACGGUCGCCAAUCUGCGACUGUAAGAGCGAAACAAAGACGUGCUCAGACUCGUUCGUCAGCACUUUCAAACUAGGUAUAACGAAGAAACAUGCGUAUGUAGGUGUUAUGCCACCUUUCCUCUUUUUCGUUUGUUUCUGUAUUUCCCCUAGUGCCACAUAUCAACCAUCAGUACACAUUCCCACAGAAAGUCCCUCGGAAUCGAUUCGAAAUUAGGUAGGAAGCAGCGUCACGUUGAUAUGUUUAUUCCAUUUAUACCGCUCUUUUUACUCUCAUAUUAAGUAAAAUUUCUCUUCAGAUUUUCUAAUGAUUUAUAGAUCUGAUGUAUUGCAUACUAGUCCUCCUCCAUUUAAACGAGCUUCAUACUUACGACUUAUU